GAUGUAAUGACAAUGGAUGGUGUCCCCUAUGACCUCACUGAGAGGCAAGUAUAUGAAAUUGGACAGCAAGUUGCAGCAGCUCUGGCUUACCUUGAACAGAAGAAGUUGUUCCAUGGUGACAUUGCUGCCAGGAAUGUCCUCCUCCAUCACAACUUCACUGCUAAGCUCUGUGGUUUGGGUCUGGCCUAUGAAACUCACACAUAUGGUGCCAACUCAGUCACACAGAUUGUGCCAGUCAAGUGGCAGGCUCCAGAGCAGCUCCUAAAGAAACCCCCCACCAUCAAGGCAGACAUAUGGUCUUUUGGAAUUCUGCUGUAUGAAAUGAUUACACUAGGUGCUCCACCAUAUCCUGAGGUGCCACCUUCUGACAUCUUAUCGUACCUGCAGAGACGGAACAUUAUGAAGCAGCCCUCAAGCUGCCAGCAAGCCAUGUAUGCCAUCAUGAAGUCCUGCUGGCAGUGGAAUGCAGCUAACCGGCCUUCUCCAGCAGACCUGAUCCAGUCCCUACAAACAGCUAAAAAGACCAGCAAUGACCAAGCAGUACUGCAGGUUCCUGAGCUAGUGGUGCCUGAACUCUAUGCCAAUGUUGCUGGUAUUGAUGUGCAUAGUCUAGUGAGUGAAUACACUAUACUCUGA